AUGGAUCUUCCUCAGACAUUCCAAGAUGCGAUUCAGUUGACUCGACGCCUGGGAAUUCGAUACCUAUGGAUCGACUCUUUAUGCAUCAUUCAGGACUCUCACGAAGAUUGGUUGGACCAGUCUGCUGUUAUGGGGGGUGUAUACCAAUAUUCUUAUCUGAAUAUUGCAGCUACCAAGUCCACGGAUCCAUAUGGCGGGCUUUUCACAACAAGGAACCCAUGUGUUGUCACGCCGCUUCGAGUCCCGAUCUAUGUGACGGUUCCUGAUGGGGUCACGGUACCGCAAGAGCAAAGACUCCCCAUCCUCAGAUUGGAAGGCAGGUCUCUACUGGUCGCGUCACCUAGACAGCCGCCGCUUGAAAUCACUCAUACUGAGCUCGACCUUGACAGCUGUCUUGGUAACAGCAACGGCGCUUUUGAUAUUCGAGGAAGAAACUUCGCGCUCAGUGCAAGGCAUGUGUCUCUCGUUGGCACAACGCUGUAUGCUGACCUUAGGACAAGGGACGGGCUAUGGAGACAAGAUAGCAUCCAGCUGACUACGUUUAUAAGCUGGCAAUCUGGGAAGCUGCGGCCUCACAAAGAUGGCUGCGCAGCCCAAGUCUUCUUUGAUGUUGGCUCUAACAGCUAUCAGAAAUGGACGGAGCUGAUUGCAAAGACAAAGCUCUGUAGACGGGGAUGGGUGCUUCAAGAACGUUUGUUGGCCCCAAGGACCGUGCAUUUUAGCAAGCAGCAGCUCCUCUGGGAGUGCACAAUGUCUCAGUCGCUAGAAGAAGCUCCAGCCGUUAAAAUUGACAAUAAACAACCUUCGGCCAGGGGGACGAGACUAGAUUUGAAGACCUGGGAUGUGUACGCACCAAAGUUACUCGAGGGGCCAAAAGAGAGAGAAUUGGGGCUGAAUUAUAUCUGGUCGACCUUCAAAGCGUUGCGUGGCCGUGAUGAAACUCAUCUUCGGAAAGAAAGUUUAGCUCAUAACUCAAGUCUUCUCGAACAUACAAAGCGCAUGUGUUACAGCGGGGACAACUGGCAGCCAACGCACCCGCUCAUCACAUACUGGUCUGUGAUUCUCAAUGGCUAUAGCUCCUCGCAGCUGACAUAUACCGAGGACAGUUUGGUUGCCAUCGCUGGUUUGGCGAAAGUUCUGUCCACCAGGACGGGUAUUAGUUACGCCGCUGGACUCUGGCUGACCCAAAUUCCGCGGCAGUUGCUGUGGAAUCCCAUCCAUGCGGCAGCUCUUGAGACUAAUGGGAAGUACGUGGCACCAUCCUGGUCAUGGGCAUCAUAUCCUGGCUUUAUGGCACAUAGAGGACGGCUAGAUCCCAUCCUCGAGACGAAGGGAGCUAUGGAUCUCAUCAAGGUCCUAUCUGUCGACGUCGAAGGCGUGAUGAAGAAUGAUAACAUGCCUUUCGGUCAGGUGAGACGUGAUCACCUUCGCAUACGCGGCCGUUUAAUUCCCAUCAAGCUUGAUCUCAGCGCUUGGCCAAAGGGUGCAAUACGAAAAGAAGCGCUUGUGCAAUUUUGGAGUGGAUCGGCGCUCAAGAUGCCAGUGGGGGAAACCUUCCUUCUCCCUGUGAUUUUCACGCGCUGGAAUGAGCGACUCCCAGAGGCUACGUCUAAUUCUCUACUUCUGGAAUCAACAAACGAGAAAGGCGUGUUCCGUCGCAUUGGUACGGCGCGGCUCAGCAGCCUCUGCGACUUGAAAGAUAUUAUACCAGAACUGUAUACUGCCAAGAGUCGCUUCCAUGAAGACGAAGACGACGACGCGACCAGCGAAGGUGAAGCGCAUGAGGAGGAUGCUGAGUCUUUCACAGUGCUUUUCAACUCUCCAACAGUUGAACCAAAUCCGCAGCAGGAAUGGGCUGACAAUCUGCUUAAGCAAGUCCGUUCAUAUAAAGACAAGUUUGAGAGACUUGCGAAAGGGCAAUCCGCAAGUCUCGGAUCAAGCUCAGCUAGUGAACGUAGUGCCUCUGCGCAAAAUAUGACUUUGAUGGCCAAUCUAACGACGUCAUUGAUCUCUCUUACCCCUGGAGAACCGAGCAAGAAGUUAAAUCUCGAUGCUAGUGAGAUGGAACGUGAGAUGAAAACCCAAUUUCCGGGCUCAAAUAUCAAGGUCUGCGCUCGGAGUGCACCCUGGAGCCGAACCAAUGUCCAAAAAUUGAAGCCAAAGGCUGCUGUUGCGAGUCACCACUAUCUUGAUUACAUCGAGGAUGACUGCGACGUGAUACGAUACGGACAUUUUGUAUUUGAGAUUUGCUGA